GCAGUUGUAAAAAAAAAUAACGUGCAAAAUUCACUAUUAACUGUUUUAAUUAGUAUAAAAGUUAAAUUCAAUUUGCUUUUUUGAUUCUUCACUUCGACAGGGUUCAAUUGGUUUUCAGCCUUCAUAGAAAAUGGACGUUAGAGUGACGAUUUUGGUUUUGUUCCUGGUCAGCUUGAGUUUGGCUAGAGAAUGUAAAAUUUAUGUAAGAAAAGUCACAGAAGCUGAAGCUGAAAUAAUCGUUGACAAACACAACGAAUUGAGGAUGCAAAUUGCAAAUGGUGAAAUUGAAGGACAGCCCAGAGGAGUUAAUCUUAAGCGACUAAAAUACGAUGAAGAUUUAGCUGCUGAAGCCCAGGAAAUCGCAAAUUCUUGCAUAUUUGCUCACCAACAAGUUACAGAUGAUAGAUGGUACGCUGUGGGUCAAAACUUGUACAUAAAGAAAUCAACUGCCCCGAGCAAUGAAUCCGAUUGGGAUACGGCCAUUCAGAGUUGGUUUGACGAACACGAAGAUUACACUUUUGGUAAAUGUUGCAGAAAGGGCCCUAGGAUGACUGGACAUUACACACAACUUGUAUGGGCUAACACCGAGUAUGUGGGUUGCGGCUAUACAUAUUUUGCUACCGACGAUUUCUUCAAGUAUCGAAAAUUAUACGUUUGUAAUUACGGACCAGCGGGAAACUUCAAGAGACAGUUUCCGUAUAAAGUUGGAAAAUCAGGAUGCGAAGACUUGUGUUAAUGAUAAAUAAAUUCAUAUGUCAUUAUAGUGCUAAUUUGUUUAAUAUAGUAUAUUUUGCCUGGAA